UUGCCACGGACCUUCGAGGUAGCAAGGUGGUCAGUUAGGAGUGUGUAGCAGUGUGAAAGAGUUUCGAAUUUUAGAUUUUCUUUUGAACAAUUCAUUUCUUCCAGCUGCAUACCAAAGACAACAGAAACAUAUUUUUUAUACUGUGAAAUUAUGUCAUUGUCUGCUUAUUGAUAAGAGGAUUUGUAACAAACAAAGAGACUAUUCAAUAAUUGACUCAUAGAAUUUUGUAAAGAUGUUCCCCUGGUCAGCAGUUUUUUCUCUGGAGCCGAAGGUGCCUGGACAGCGUACGGCAGAAGAACUAGUCACCAAUACUCUGAUGCUGGAGCUGGGUGCCAUGGUGAAGCGCACUGAACGUAUCCGCCUGGAGAGGGUGACACAAGAGGGCCGGCGCCGACGCAGCUCCUCCUCUGCUGACUACAGAUGGCUGGCCACUGCCCCCACCCACCAACCCUACGAGCUGACCCCCCGAGACCUGAUAGAACUGCAGGACCUGUGUGCCAGGGUGCCACCAUCUCAGUGUGGCCCUGUCAUUGUCAGGUUCAGGAAUCUGGUGACAAAGACAGAGCCGGAAGUUUACGAGGUGGCUCGUCUGUUCCGCACGGUUCUACGUGACUGUGUGGAGGGAGAAGAGGAGAACGAGGAGAUGAGGACGAGGUCAGCCGGCUAUGACAAACAACGCAGCAAGAGCCUCUCCUUUGUAACCUUCCGCUCCAAGUUCCGCCCCGCACCCUUCAGGGGCGUGGGCCUGGGUGGGUCGCGCGGCAACCUGCAGGAGGAGUCAAACUGGUACGAGGAUGAGGUGGAGGAGCAGGAGGGAGCAGUGAAUGUGGCGAGAGCGGCCAGGAAGGGGAGGAGCAUGAGCAUGCCUGAUAUCACCCCCAUCGAACAGAGUGCACUUGGCUGAGAGAGGGAGGGACAACUGCUGAUGUAAAAAGGGCUUUAUAGAAUACAUCUGAUUGAUUGAGGAAGGGAGGAAUGGGACUAAGAAAGGAAUGUCGAGAAAAGAGAAAGUCAAAUAUGUCUCAAGAUGAGACAUGCAACAUGGACAGCUCACACCUCAGCAGAUUUCCACUGACUCUUUAGACAAAAAGAUGCAGGUAUAUCAAACAUAUACUAGAGUAGAAAUGCAAGCUUAGCCAGCAGAUGUAUGCCAUAAUAUUUCUAACAUUGUUUUUAUUGUGAAUUACAUUUUCUGAAUGUGUUAACACUUGAAAUGCAUGCAAAAUUAACUAGAUUUUGAAUGCAUAAAAUAAAACCUUAUUUUUCAACAGAUCCUUGAUGAGUUUGUGUGUGGAUUCAAUACAGUGGGUCCAUUACUACUGUUCCAGUCCUUUGGUUGUGAUGGUUACUCUUUAAGUUAAUUCUAUUAACCUUCUAUUAUACUCUUACUCAGUAAAGAACUAGAGUCCUUUGUACUUCCCCAUAGUUAUUUUUAAUAUGCAUUUAUUUCCAAUACAUUAGCACUUUAUACACUGUAGAAGUCAAGGCAUUUGG